GUAACAUCAAAUUUUGCUUUUCCUUGCUCUGUUAGCUCCCUCGGGGCUCUGCUGGGCUGCACGCUUGUCUGUGGUGUUGCACUUGUGACAUUUAACCAAGAUUUUGAUGGAGAAGUCUUAACAGAGCAGGGUGCAUUAAUCACCCAAAUGGCUGAUUAUAUUUGCAGAUUAUUCUGCUCAGGCAGACGUGGAAUUUUUUUGUCCCGAGUCGUAUUUCUCCUUGGGCAGGAAAAACCUGUAGUUUAUUUUUUGCCUGCUUGAACGCUCAAGCUGUUUUGCGGUCGGCCUUGACCACGUUCCUCGGGACUGAUUUUUCCCUCGUGCGAGGCCCUUGCAUGAUUCCCUGGUGGGGUUUGCACGCCCACGCGAGGGCUUGGAGGGCUCUCUGCCUGAAGGUGAAGACAAGAGUAUGGCGGGAGGGACGUUUCUUUGCGUCGCCCCGCGGCCCAUCGCCUCUCCCCUCGCCAGCCACCGGAGCAAAACUCCUUAAGCUCUGCCCGUCCCCAAAGCUCGUCAAACCCUUGUAAUUACGCCGAGCUUUGGGAGCUGCAACUCGAGGGCUGCAUCUGCACGCAGUCCGUGGGAGCAGGCGGGCAACCCCCUUAGCCUGCACCUCCAGAAGAGACGACCUCCUCCUCCUCCUCCUCCUCCUCUUCCUCCCCUCCAGCAGCUCUGCCCCAUGCGGGACGGCGAUACCCAGCUCUGCAGCGAGGAAGAGCGGCCAAGCCGGAGACGAUGACUGCCAAGAGCGCCGAAACCAACGGACCCAUGCGGGAGCCGGAGGCGGGGGGGACCAAGCCACAGGUGCCCCCUGCCCCGCCACGGCGCCGGGGACGCAGGCUGCGGCGUAAGUCACCGCCCGAGGUGCCGGUGAAAGGGCAGCUCCGCAUGCGCUCGCCGUCAGGAGCCUUCGUCAUGGUGGGCAUCUCAGUGGUCCUGGUGGGCAUGACCAUCGCCGUGGUGGGCUACUGGCCCCACCGGGGACCCGGGGGCACCGGGGCCGGCGCGGGGAAUGCCAGCGUCGUGGGGGACAUGAGGAGGGAGGUGGCUGCCGGGCGCCACGUGCCCCACAGCGAGAAGCUCAAGCUGAUCGGCCCCGUCAUCAUGGGCAUCGGGCUCUUCAUCUUCAUCUGCGCCAACACCAUGCUGUACGAGAACAGGGACAUGGAGACCCGCAGGCUGAUGCAGAAGGGGCUCUACUCCAUGGCGGCGGGUCUCCCUGAGGCGACCGGCCCCGAGGAUGGGUGCUGCCAGCGCGGGGACGGCCAGCCCGUCCCCAAGGCCAAUGCCGAGUGCGUGGAGGGCUGCUACCAGGUGGAUCUCUCCCGCCAGCCCUGCCCCGGCCCCUGCAGCAAGUGGUCCGACUGCUACGGUCCCAACAGGCUCCAGACCAUGGCCGAGUUCCUCCAGCACCCGGCGGCAUCCCCCGCCGCCUCCCUCCUCAGCCUCCGCUCAGGCGCCUCUGCCGAGGCCAACCUCGGCCUCUCCUGCCGCGCCGGAGCCGAGUCCCUGCUCUCCUCGGCUGUCGGUGCCUUGGCGUUGCCCGUCAUCAAGCUCAACAACCGCUUGCUGGACGCGGCAGCGCGGGGGGCCGGCGAGAGGGCAGAGGUGGGCCCCGCCAAGCCCCCCCCCGAAGCACUGCGGCUCUCCCAGGCUCCGCUCUCUGGUGUCGGCAGCAUCACGCCCCGUGGCCAGGACCGCGGCAGUGGUGGUGGCGGUGGCGGUGGUGGCCAUGUCAUCAUCAACGUGGAUGGCGGCUGCCCCGGCGCGGAGCCGGCAGCGGUGGAGCUCAGCCCCGAUGCGCAGCUGCACACCCCAGGACACUCCAAGUCCCUGGACCUCGGCCAGCCGGGGGUGCUGCUGGUGGCCCCCAUCAAGGACCGUAAGAACCGGAGCUGGCCCCGGCUGGACCACGUCAGCCUGGUGGGUUACGCCAAACUGGAAAGCACUGGCGAGUCCUCGGACCGGCUGCUGGAGCCCAGCGAGCCCCUGAGCCGGGGUGAGCCCCGACCCAGCUCCUGGGCGGUGGGGAUGGACCGUGGGGAGCGGGUCUGACUUCCCCAUGCCCCUCGGGGAUCGUGACGUCGCUGUCCCUCAUCCUGGCCCCCGGUGCCCACCAGCGACCCCAAACCCCCGCAUCCAGGCGGUGUUUUUAAGCGGAUGCCAAGAGGGAGGCCCCGACCUGCUGCUCCUGGGGGAGGACUCGCCAGGGUGGGAUGUCCUCUCCUCUCCUGGCUGCCUCCCGACGGCUUCCCGGUGGAUGCCCUUGGCCUUACCAGCCCUUCUCCUGGUGGCUUUUCCAGAGGAGCCCUUGCUUUGAGAGCCAACACAAACUGCGGGAUGAGGACGCGGGGGCAGGCAAAGCCCCGCCGGCGCCUGCAGCACUUUAU